UCAUCAAAUUCCUAAAGUGAUUGAUAAUCUAAGCCAUCGGUUCUUUCGUUCAUUAAUUUCAAAAUGGGGAUCCAAAGCGUUGAAGCCUAUGGUGGAGCCACCAAGUCUUCAAUGCUCAAUUGCAUCGACCUCUCUGAUCCUGACAUCGACAAAUCUGUUAAUUUGCUCAAACAGGCAUGCUUGGAUUCUGGGUUUUUCUACGUUGUGAACCACGGCAUAAGCCAGGAUUUCAUGGACGAGGCUUUUGCCCAGAGCAGGAAAUUUUUCGGUCUUCCGCUGAAGGAGAAAAUUAAACUUCUUAGGAAUGAAAAACAGAGGGGAUAUACUCCUGUUCUCGAUGAACUACUUGAUCCUGAGAACCAAGUACAUGUAGGUGAUUACAAAGAAGGAUAUUACAUUGGAGUUGAAGUAUCCGAGGAUGACCCAGAAUCACAGAAACCAUUUUAUGGACCAAACCAAUGGCCUGCGUCUGAUAUUCUGCCUGGAUGGAGAGAAACAAUGGAAAAAUAUCAUCGACAGGCAUUAGAAGUGGGAAGAGCAGUUGGAAGAAUAAUAGCCCUUGCCCUUGAUUUGGGUGCUGAUUUCUUUGAUAAGCCAGACAUGUUAGGAGAGCCGAUAGCGACUUUACGCCUGCUACACUAUGAAGGACAAACCUCAAAUCCCUCCCGAGGAUUAUAUGGAGCUGGAGCUCAUACUGACUAUGGUCUAAUUACUCUGUUGGCAACAGAUGAUGUACCAGGUCUUCAAAUAUGCAAAGAUAGGGAUGCUAAACCUCAGAUAUGGGAGGACGUGGCACCCUUGAAGGGAGCAUUUAUAGUGAAUCUUGGAGACAUGUUGGAGCGCUGGAGCAACUGUAUUUUCAAGUCCACAUUGCACAGAGUUCUAGGAAAUGGUCAAGAAAGAUACUCUAUAGCUUACUUUUUGGAGCCUAAUCAUGACUGUCUAGUAGAAUGCUUGCCAACUUGCAAAUCAGAAAGUAACCCUCCCAAGUUCCCUCCCAUUCUAUGCCAGGAUUACCUGUGCCAGCGCUACAAGGACACUCAUGCUGAUUUAAGCUCAUACAAGAAACAGUAAGCUUUACGUACUAGCAUGCUUGGCAUUUAUGGUAAACUAGAAAGAAGUAUUACCUUGCAGUUCGAAAGUUCAAAUGCUAGUGGUCACAAGCGGACGAAUCAGUGAGCUUGUGUUGUCAUUUGAAGCCUUGCAGGCUGGAGAAUUGUCUCAAGGAAAUUGGCUGUUCACUGAUUUUCUCCCAACAACAAAGUUUCUUUGUAUUAGGAGCAUUAGCAUUUUACACUAGGCAUCAAAUUUAGCCCAUUAGCUUCAGCACAAGGGGUACAUUAGGUUUUAUCUUUUAAGGAAAGUUUGGUGCGAAAUGCUUAGGGAUCGGAUAGUAACAUCCAUGAUCUGUACCUAGAUAAAAGAAAAAUAAUCUGAUCAUCUUUGAUAUUAUCAUUCAUCAUACGAUAUGAAUUUUCACUCUACAUUUAGCAUAAAAAUUUCUCGCUAUAGUCAAUUAUUUUUCAGA